AUGAGGGUACUGCGACCAGAGGAGCGCGUAAACUCGAGGUUCGAGCUUCGCUCCAAUAUGCCUAGCAAUGUCGGGCCAAUUGCUAAGCCCAGGGCUAAAGUUACCCCAUUACUGAGAAAAUGGACUCAGAGCGAUGAAAACACUUUGGAUCUAGACCAUCCGACCGAGUUACAAGAUGUCCUGAAGAUGUAUGACUUUGGAAAAGGAUCUCGAGCACCGCACGAUGCUUGUAUUUCGCCAACACGUCAAGUUUUUCACCAUAGAUCGACCAGCGGUACUUCUCAGUUUUCAACUACCACCGCUGGAAGUGGACAAAGGACCGGAUCCUUCGUGCACCCUUUUCAGCAAACACCAAGACCCUACACUCCACCAAUAAUAGCUGCAUAUCAAGAGAGCUUAUAUCCAUGUGAAAGAGCCAACACGGUAAACGAUGAUGAGAUCGAUCCCCAACAACGCAGCUUUCGAUUGCCCAUAAGUUACCCAGCUCGUCGUUCUCACUCACUUGCAGCGGCAUCAUCUUCUCCCUUGACGCAACAGCCUCCCAUACAGAAAAAGCUGUCCUCCUCUCGCCUAGCUGUAGCUAGUUCGUAUUCAAGCCUGCGAAAUCAAUCUAAGGCUACUGAUCUUACAAGUACUAGCGACUCCCUCUCUUACUCAUCCGGUUGCGCAACAGAACGAGGGUUUCGACUUCGCAGUCGCUCUGAAGUUAUCAGUCGCAGCCGCGCUCAAAGCAUACAAGAAGCACGUCGUAAAUUUCAGGAAAAAGAAUCAGUGAAAGAAGAGAAAGCUGCGAGGGAGGAAAUAAAGCAAUUAGAAAAGCGUCAACAAAAGGAAGCCAUUAAGAUGGAUCGCUCCCACCGUCAAUCUAUCACCAGCGAUGCCACCCGCUCAAAACGUUCCCGUUCCGACUUAACAUCACCUGAAAAGGGAGAGGCCUUCAUGGGACGAGCCGAUGGAGAGAUGUUGCCAGAACAAUUAUUCAUAUCCGAAGAGCCAUUAGAAUCGCAAUGCAACUGCUCAAACGCUAAGCAGCGAACUCACUCGGCAUGGGCGAAAUUCCUCAUGUGGUUUCGUAUACGCCUCUUAAGAAUCAGUCGUAAAGCCUCAAAACGCUAA